GUUUCCACACAUUUGGAAUAUCAACCUUAAAUGUCUUAGGUGGUUCAAUAGUGUUGGUCUUAUAGUAUGGAUCCAAUUGCCAAAAGUUGCAGGCUUGAAGGCAAAGUGGCGAUAAUAACGGGAGGAGCCAGCGGUAUUGGUGCCGCCACCGCCAAACUGUUUGUCGAACACGGCGCCAAGGUAAUCAUCGGUGACGUGCAAGACGAGUUAGGGCACUCCCUCUGCAAAAGCCUCGGCGCAAACACACCCAUUCACUACGUCCAUUGCGACGUAACCAGCGACUCCGACGUCGAAAACUUGGUCGAUGUGGCCGUCUCCAACUACGGAAACCUCCACAUAAUGUACAACAAUGCCGGCAUCUCGGGAGACCCAAACCGCUCCAUAGCCACUUCUAACAACGACGCCUUCAAAAGGGUUUUCGACGUUAACGUCUACGGUGCUUUCUUGGGCGCCAAGCACGCUGCUAGGGUUAUGAUCCCGGCGAAGAGUGGGGUGAUUCUCUUCACUUCGAGCGUUGCCUCGAUCCUGGGGGGCCAGACGACGCAUGCUUACGCGGCUUCGAAGCACGCGGUGGUGGGGCUGAUGAAGAACCUGUGCGUGGAACUGGGGGAGCAUGGGAUCAGAGUGAAUUGCGUUUGUCCAGGUGGCGUUCCCACUCCGAUGCUGAACAACGCGCUGAAGAUGAACAAGAAGGAGACGCAGGAAGUGCUGUGCAAGAUUGCGGUGUUGAAAGGGAGUGUUCUUGAGGUGGAGGACAUAGCGCGUGCGGCGCUUUAUUUGUGCAGCGACGAGGCCAAGUUCGUGAGUGGAGUUAACUUGGUGUUGGACGGGGGUUACAGCACCACCAAUAUGUCCUUUAUUUCCGCUCUCGUCAACAACAACCAUGCUUGAUCAUCU